AUGCUGGCCACAUUCGAGGAAGAAGCUCGUAGGAAUUAUUCGAUGGGCUCUCCACGAACAGAUCAACUCCUCACCCUCAUUCAAUUCAACGUUUUUCGCGCAUUGAUCAAAAACACGCGAACAAUAGGUUGGAACUUGGAUUGGCUAGACUGUACGAUCGAUCCUCCAUACCCGUGGCUUAAUCUUUCCACAAAGUUUGUACCUGGAGCGCAUUGUCCUCAAGCAUUGUGUCCAACAAACCUUCAGCGCACAAUCCCUCAUCAUCCAUGGCUAGAUCUUUGGCCAAUUCCUCAAAUAAUGCGCGAUAACCUAUUAUUGCAUGCUGGAAGUUACGAUGAAGAUCGGUUGUGUAAUGAUCUAGUGGAAUUUGAAGGUCUUAUGAACGAACAAUCGGGCCUCAUUGUUUGGGGAGAACCGUGGGAUAUUUGGGGAUGGGGUGUUAGUGAGACUUUCUUGAAGAAUUGGGGAUGGGCUCUCAAGGGUUGUGAAAAGUUAUUGACUUCAACAAAUAUUUGGAAGGCGAAAAGAGGAGAGGAAGCCCUUGUUUUUGAGGUCUGA